AUGGCUGCAUCAGCCGGACAGGCAAGCAAUGGUGCCAAUUCGUUUCUCGAUAGAUAUCGAUCAAAUUUAAAUACACCACGAGGAGGUCAAACUAAUAAUAAUAAUAAUAAUUAUGCACCACCAAAUAAUAGUUAUCAACAACCACAACAACAACAACCAAGACAAGUAUUAACACAACAACAAAAUUCACAAAAUUAUGGUCCAAAUGUUGAUACAUCAGUAUAUCGUACUCAAGGCAAUGUUUUUCAUGAUGAACGUGCUGGAAAUGAUAUUCUUGCUCGUGCUGGUCCAAGUCAUCAUUACCAACGCGCGGAUUAUCGUACCCAUGAAAUUAUUUCAUCUGAUGGUCGACUGGACAAUUUAAAUGUACAAAUGGAUCAUGAACCAUUACGUGUUGUUAAACCAAAUGAACAAAAUGUUCAUUAUAAACAACAAGUUAAUGUACGCUUUUUGGAACCACCACCAGGACCUGAACCAGCACCAAUUAUCAUUAAGGAACGUCAUGCACCAGCACCACCUGCACCACCUCCAUUGGUUAUUCGACAACGUCCACCAACUCCACCAACACCUCCACCUCUUAUUAUUCGUGAACGUCCACCAACACCACCAGUUCAACAACAACCUCAAAUUAUUGAAAAGAUUUUACCAGCACCACCAGCUCCACCUCGUCAAGUUAUAGUCGAACGACUUCCACCACCACCACCAAAACCACGGCAAGUUAUUUAUGAAAAAUGGUUACCUUAUGAAGAUACUAAAGAACGACCAGUUAUUGUCCAUCGAGCACCACCUCAAGAAGUAAUUAAACAACCAAAAAAUCUUAUUAUUGAAUAUGAACAAGCACAAGCUCAUCAUGAACAAGUUAUUGUUGAUGAAGGUGUUUUUCGUGCCGAUCCUAAAUCACAUAAUUCAACAAGUACUCCUGGGGAAAUACGUAUUGUUGAUAAAAUAUCUGAUCUUCCAGUGAAUUAUUCGAAAUAUUUAACAAAUCGUAAUACUACAUCUCGAUCAUUACCAUCUUCAAGUAGCUAUGAUCAACAACAAGGAGCUCAACCACAGGCAAGUCAAACUGGACCAGCACAACAAUAUCGUGCAAACACUUACAGUAAUCCAGGUGCAUAUCAAACAACCUAUCGUGCAUCAUAUAAAAAUCAAACUGGAAAUCGAAAUGGUUUAGGACCAAAUAGUAACAACGAUGUAAAUCAAUCGGCAAACUUUGCAAAAUAUACUUAG